GUAUGAACAACAUUAUCAGAGCCUGACAAAAAGGGACUUACCAGAAUGGUACGCUGUUUUCCCUUACUUUUAGUGGCGGUGUUUAUCAAGGUACAAGUUUGUCUCCAGAGUUCAUGCGGAGGAGAACAGGAGCCCGCCUCCCAGGAGGGAGCAGCGGGCUGCGGCUGCGAUAAGCUGAGGAGAGCCGCCGCUGGUUCUGAGGACCCGGAGGAGAGAGCAUCUAGCGAAGCCGCUGUAAAAUACACAGCAGCUGCUUACGAGGAAACAUCUGAGGUGGUGUUCAUACCUGGAGGAGAGUUUCUGAUGGGAACAGACAAUCCAGGUAUCCCCCAGGAUGGUGAGGGACCACAGAGAGCGGUGCAUGUGGACUCCUUCUACAUGGACGUGCUGGAAGUAACUAACCAGCAGUUUCAGAGCUUCAUCGAAGCUACAGGUUAUGUCACUGAGGCAGAGAAAUUUGGAAAUUCAUUUGUGUUUGAGGGAAUUUUGAGCGAAGCUGUCAAAAGUCAAAUUACACAAGCAGUGGCUGCUGCCCCCUGGUGGCUCCCGGUGAAAGGGGCCAGCUGGAAGCACCCAGAGGGUCAAGACUCGAACAUUACAGACAGGCUGGAUCAUCCAGUGGUACACGUCUCCUGGGCCGACGCUGUCGCCUUUUGCUCUUGGGCCAACAAGAGACUCCCUACUGAGGCUGAGUGGGAGUAUGCCUGCAGGGGGGGCUUGAGAGACAGACUUUACCCAUGGGGGAAUAAGCUGAACCCAAAAGGACAACACUACGCCAACCUCUGGCAGGGGGAUUUCCCCGUGCACAACUCUGGAGAGGAUGGAUACGUCAAAACGUCUCCUGUUAAGUCUUUUCCUGCCAACGCUUUCGGUCUGCAUGACACGGUGGGGAAUGUUUGGGAGUGGACCUCAGACUGGUGGACUGUGCACCACACAACAGACGAGCAACACAAUCCAACCGGUCCUCCUUCAGGCCAAGACAAGGUGAAGAAGGGAGGGUCGUACAUGUGCCACAAGUCUUAUUGCUACAGAUACCGAUGUGCGGCUCGGAGCCAGAAUACUCCAGACAGCUCAGCCUCCAACCUGGGAUUUCGCUGUGUUUCUCAGAAGAAACAAUAACCCGACCUGCUUGUGUUUAAAGAAGAUUCCCUCUAAACUGUAAACCAAGUGUGAAGGCAGGAUAAAUGCAUGAAGGAUUUGAACUAGAUGGCACAGUUUUAUGCGGCCAGUUCGUUAUGGUUUUAGGGUCAGAAAGGAAAAUAUAGGAAAUAUCCAGUUACUGCAGAUAACCUGUUUUACACCUUGAAUGUAUUUUCACUUUUUCUAAUAAAAUGUAUGAGAUUUAUA